AUGACCUGCAGUGGCAAGCCAACGUUCCCGGCUCUUGAAAACUUUGUGGACAUCUUCAGGACAUCAAUAAGUAGCUUCGGUCGGUUGUGCGCGGCAGACCCCUCGAGACCCGACGCCGACCGGCAGCGCGGCACGCAGCAGUUUGCCAGCGCAUACCUGUCCAUCCUCAACGAAAUUGAACGCAAAGCGCUUGGGGCCUGCAGCAGCGAUGACAGCAGCGAUGGCAACGCAGCGCUGGGCUGCCUGGAGCUGUGCCGCCUCAGGGAGGAGGCGCUGAUUGCAGCAGGGUUCACCGACAUCUUCUUGCCCAUCAAGGCCAAGGAAAAUGCAUCGGCGUUGGCGCUACUCCCCGACGUCUGUGCAGAAGUGGACCAACACGUACAGCAGCGCGACCGCUGGGAGACCGUGGUGAGGGGCGUGUUUGCUGGCAACAUUUUCGACCUGGGCUGCAAAGCGACAACCGAUGCCUAUCAUGAGGACGGUGUCAGCUUCCACACCACAAGGGAUAAGCUGCUCCCACGCCCCUGGGUCAUCGACCAUUUAGAAGCUUUGCUCGACCGAUUAGUCAGCCACCGAUACCGACGUGCCAUCCUGUUUGUUGACAACGCGGGCGCCGACAUCAUGCUAGGCAUGCUACCGCUGGCCAGGGAACUGUUGCGCUUGGGCACUACGGUAAUCAUCGCGGCAAACUCCCUGCCAUCCAUCAACGACAUCACGGCGGCUGAAUUAGAAGCGCUCCUCCCGCAGAUCUGUGCCGCCGACUCUGAGCUGUGCAAGGGGGUCUCCACCAGGCAGCUGCAGGUGGUCGCCAGCGGCUCGGGACUGCCAGUCAUCGACCUGUCGAAAAUCAGCCCCGAGCUGGCAGAAGCGGCGGCGGGGGCUGAUCUGGUGGUGCUCGAGGGAAUGGGGAGGUCUAUCGAGACCAACCUGCACGCCCGCUUUAGCUGCGAUGCGGUCAACCUUGGCAUGAUCAAGCACCCCGAGGUGGCUGCGGCGCUGGGGGGCCGACUUUUUGACUGUGUGUGCCAACUGCGACCAGCUCCUGAGCAGUGA